UCUAGAAUGGAGACUUGGAAGACAUUUUGGGAGAUCAUCUUCCUUGCAGCCAGCUUUGGCUUCAUCGAGUCACAGAGAACUGUCUGCAGAGAGGCCUAUGUGGGAGAUGUCGUAUUUCUACUGGACAGCGGCAAUGACCCCCAAAUUACCAACAAUAUGCGGUACUUCUUGAUUCAACUGGUGAAUAGCUUCAAUGUCAGCAGAGAGAACAUACGCGUGGGGCUGGUCCAGUACAGCGACGUGCCCCAUUCCGAGUUCCUACUUUCCACGUACCACCACAAAAGUGACAUUUUGAGUCACAUUCGGAAGUUUCGAUGGAAACCUAAGGGCCCUCAGGGCAACAAAAUGGGCCUGGCCCUGCAAUUCCUUCUAGGUCACCAUUUCCAGGAAAGAUCAGGGAGCCGAGCAAGCCACGGAGUGCCUCAGGUCACCAUGGUGAUCAGCAGCAGCCCAACUGUGGACCCUGUGGAGGAACCCGCUGAGGCAUUUAGGAGGGCGGGCAUCCUGCUUUAUGCCAUUGGCUUUAGAGGUACAUCGAAGACAGAGCUCAGGAAGAUUGCGAGCAGUCCUGUGGAGAAGUUUUUCUUUUUUGUCCCCAACUACUCUAAUCUGGGCAGCCUCAUCCAGAAGCUGCAGAAGGAGUUCUGUGAGACUUUGGCAAAAGCGGCUCAACCAGUUGACCACGUCUCUCCAGUUUGCAAAGAAGUGGUCCUGGCAGAUAUUGUCUUUCUGGUAGACAGCUCAACCAGCAUCGGACCCCAGAACUUCCAGAAAGUGAAGAACUUCCUUCGUUCUGUUGUCCUGGGGCUUGAGAUUGGCAGGGACCAGGUUCAAGUGGGACUGGCUCAGUAUAAUGACAAUGUCUACCCAGCCUUUCACUUGAACCAGUACUCGCAGAAGAAUGUGAUCCUGAAGCAUAUCCAGAACCUGCCCUACCGUACAGGAGGCACAAACACAGGGCUUGCCCUGGAGGUUAUGAGGACCAGCUACUUGACCGAGGCCUCUGGCAGCCGGGCCAAGGAUGGGGUUCCUCAGAUAGUUAUCCUGGUGACAGACGGGGAGUCAAAUGAUGAAGUCCAGGAGGCAGCCACCAGGUUGAAAGAAGAUGGAGUUGUCAUGUAUGUGGUAGGCAUCAACGUCCAGGAUGUCCAGGAGUUGCAAAAAAUAGCCAGUGAGCCAUUUGAGAAGUUUCUCUUUAACACCGAAAACUUCAACAUCCUUCAGGAUGUCUCGCAAGGCAUUCUUCAGACACUGUGCUCAGCAGUGGAGGGUAAAAUGAAAGAAUUCACCAAGGCCUAUGCAGAUGUGGUCUUUCUUGCCGACACCUCACAGGACACAUCACAGGCCAGUUUCCAGCAGAUGCGGGAUUUCAUCUCCAGAGUGAUUGGCAUGCUAGAUGUUGGCAGGGACAAGUACCGGAUUGGCCUGGCUCAGUAUGGUGGUCAAGGUCACACUGAAUUUUUGCUCAAUGCCUACCAGAGCCAAGAGGAGAUGAUUGCACACAUCCGUGAAUACUUUGCACUCCGUGGUGGCUCCCGGAGGACAGGCAAAGCUCUGCGAUACCUCCAUGACACCUUCUUCCAGGAGGCAGCGGGAAGCCGAUUUCUCCAGGGCAUUCCCCAGUAUGCAGUGGUCAUUACAUCAGGCAAAUCUGAGGAUGAGGUCUGGGAUGCUGUGCAGAUGUUGAAGGAAAAAGGCGUGAAGGUCAUGUCUGUGGGUGUACAGGACUUUGACAGAAGAGAACUGGAGAGGAUGGGGACCCCACCCCUUAUAUAUGAGAUGCAAGGACAAGAUGGAGUCAGACAGAGGAUACAAGAUGUGAAUGUGGGGAUCCUUGGGAUGGCGGAGACCGAGAAGGAAGCUACAGCAGCAUGUCCAACUGCUAUUCCUGCUGAUUUAGUAUUCCUGGUUGAGAAAUUUAGCAGGGCCAUGCAACAGAAUUUCCAACACGUUGUCAAUUUCUUAAAGGCCACCGUUAGCUCUCUAAGCAUUCAUCCUGAUUUUGUGAGAAUCGGCUUGGUGUUUUACAAUGAGAAACCACGACUUGAGUUUUCACUGGAUGCAUUUCAGACUCCAGCCAAAAUCUUGGAGCAUUUGAACAAAUUAACUUACCAGGAAAAAAGAGGAAUGACCAAGACUGGUGUUGCCUUGGAUUUCCUAAGGGAUGAGGUUUUCAUUCAGGAGAAGGGCAGCCGUGCCAAGCAAGGUGUGAGGCAGAUAGCUGUGGUCAUCACGGAAGGCUCCUCUCAAGACGAUGUGUCCAGACCAGCUUCUCUCCUCCGUAGGGCGGGGGUUACCAUCUAUGCGGUGGGCACCCAGCUUGCCUCAGAGAACAGGGACCUGGAGAAGAUAGCAACAUAUCCUCCUUGGAAGCAUGUCAUCCCUCUGGAAUCCUUUUUGCAGCUCUCCAUUGUGGAAAGAAAGAUUAAGAACCAGCUCUGCCCUGACACUCUGAGCAAAGCAUUGUCCCCUAGUGAGAUCGGCAAUGUUCUAAAAGAAGGCUGUGAGCGCAUUGAGAAGGCAGAUAUUUACUUCCUUAUUGAUGGGUCUGGCAGCAUCCAACAAGACAAUUUUCUUGAAAUGAAGGUGUUCAUGAAAGAGGUGAUAAAGAUGUUCCGUAUCAGGCCUGAUGGAAUACAGUUUGGAGUCGUUCAGUACUCAGACCAAAUUAAUAAGGAAUUUAUCCUCAGCCAGUAUCACAGUGAGACAAGUCUGAAGGUAGCCAUUGAUAGCAUCCGGAAGAGUGGAGGUGGCACCAUGACAGGUCAGGCCUUGAGAAACAUGGCUCAGAUCUUUGCAGACACUGCUCGCAGCAACGUGCCUUGGUAUCUCAUAGUUAUCACUGAUGGAAAAUCUUUGGACCCAGUGGCUGCGGCUGCAAAGGCAUUGAGGAGCAACAGAGUCAACAUUUAUGCCAUUGGGGUCCGAGAUGCUAACAUUGCUGAGCUUAAGGAGAUCGCUGAAGACAAGGUGUCUUUCGCAUCUGAGUUUGAUUCAUUGAAGGCCAUUCAACAAGAAGUGGUAAAAGACAUCUGCUUCUCAACUACCUGUAAGGAGAAGGAAGCUGACAUUAUCUUUCUGAUAGAUGGUUCAGAAUCCAUCUCCUCAAGAAACUUUGAAAAGAUGAAGGAAUUCAUGAAGAAAAUGGUGAAUCGAUCUAAUAUUGGUGUUAAUAGAAUUCAGAUUGGCCUUUUGCAGUUCAGCUCAAGUGCCCGGGAAGAGUUCAAGCUCAACUACUCCUUCUUAAAGGAGGAAAUUCUCGAAGCCAUCUCAAAUGUUCAGCAGAUGUUUGACGGCACCCACACUGGGAAAGCCCUGAAUUUCACUCUGCCUUUUUUUGACAGUUCAGCAGGAGGCAGACCCCAUGUUAGUCAAUAUUUGAUUGUGAUUACUGAUGGGGUGGCCCAGGACAAUGUAGCCAUACCAGCCAAGGCCCUCAGGGACAGAAACAUAAUUAUUUUUGCCAUUGGUGUAGGACUAGCUGAAAAGUCUCAGCUUUUGCAGAUUACUAAUGACCCCAACAAAGUGUACUAUGAAGACAAUUUUGAGUCCCUGAAGAAUCUGGAGAAGGAAAUUUUUGACAAGGUCUGCAGUCCACAAGGAUGCAACAUAGAUUUGUCUGUAGGAAUUGAUAACUCCAUUCCUACAAGACAAAAUCAGGAGAAGCUUCAAGAGCUACUGCCAGAGCUGAUGGAACAGUUGGCCUUUCUUCCUAACAUCAGCUGUAGUGUUCCUGGUCAGAUCAACACGAAGUUUCGCUACUUGGUUCCUGAUGCAAAUGGCCGGCCUAUCUUUGACUCAGGCUUUGAUAAAUAUAGUAAGGAAAUCAUUCAGAAGUUCUUGGUUCAUCAGUUUGCCAAGAGCAACAGUAUGGAUGCAGACUUUUUGCUAUCCUUGGGAGAUAAUGCUAUCAUCUCCUCUUCUGCUAAUGUGAAGGUCCUUUUAGUGUUUACAGAUGGACUGGAUGAUGACUUAAAGAGACUGAAGGAAACAUCUAAGAUUCUCCGCGGCAAAGGAUUCUCUGCACUCCUCAUGAUUGGCCUGGAAGGUGUACACAAAUUGGAAGAGCUUCAGGAGCUAGAAUUUGGCAGAGGAUUUUCAUAUAAUCAACCUCUGAGCAUCACACUGCAAUCCCUCCCAAGCACCUUAAUGAAGCAACUUGACACAGCUGUAGAAAGAACAUGCUGCCAUACUUAUGCCAAGUGUAUUGGAGAAGAAGGGCACAGAGGUGAUGUUGGGAGCCCUGGGAAGAAGGGAGAAAAGGGGCCUGACGGAUUACUUGGCUAUCCCGGCGAAGAAGGUGGACAUGGAGAAAGAGGCCCCCACGGUUUACCUGGACCCCGAGGUGAGGAAGGAUGCCCUGGUGUGAGAGGACCCAAGGGCAUACGAGGGUUUUCUGGAGAGAAGGGCAACGCUGGUGAGGAUGGCGUUGAUGGCUUGGAUGGAGAGCAGGGUAGUCAUGGAAUCCCAGGAUCACUUGGAGAAAAAGGAGACAGGGGAAAUCGGGGCUUGAAAGGACCACCUGGACAACAUGGAGGCCGUGGAGAGGCUGGGUUAAAGGGAGACUCGGGAGAACCUGGAAUUGAUAGUUUCAUCCAAGGUGUUACAGGAGAAACGGGAAGGCGUGGGCAGCAGGGACGACCUGGUUUCGAUGGACCUCAGGGGGAAACUGGUAGUGUUGGCUCUCAGGGCCCAAGAGGACGACAUGGUCUGCCAGGAUUGAAGGGUGUGCGUGGAGGAGCUGGUGACCGCGGUCACCAAGGAGAAUAUGGGUAUCCAGGCUCACAGGGACCAAGAGGAAGGCAAGGACCACCAGGAACUUUAGGACAAAAGGGCUCCCUGGGUAUCCGGGGGAAUCCUGGGCUUCCAGGGCCAAGUGGUUCAAGAGGAAAAGCUGGACCAAGAGGAAUGAAGGGAGAUCGUGGUGUUGCAGGAGAAAGAGGCCCACAGGGUCAGCAAGGACCAAGAGGGGAACCUGGUCUUUUUGGUCCUGAUGGAUACGGAAGUCCAGGAAGAAAAGGCACAAAGGGUGAACCUGGCUUUCCUGGCUAUCCUGGCACAAAAGGAGCAAAUGGUGACCCAGGCUUCCGAGGAGAGAAGGGGGCAAAGGGAAUCAGAGGAAAGCGGGGUAAUUCUGGCCCUCCAGGAUUUGUCGGAACUCCAGGUGACCAAGGCCCUUCAGGACCACGGGGCAUCAAGGGCCCCAAAGGCUUGGUAGACAUGAUGCCUUGUGAAAUCAUUGAUUUCACACGAAAAAACUGCCUUUGUUCAUCAGGUGUUUCCAAAUGCCCAGUGUUCCCCACCGAAGUGGUCUUUGCCUUGGACAUGUCAAAAGACAUCUCUGAGUUGGAUUUUGAGAGGAUGAGAAACAUUUUAUUGUCUCUGUUGAUGAAGAUGGAAAUAAGUGAAAGUAACUGCCCAACGGGUGCCCGAGUGGCCGUCAUGGCGUACAACAACAAAAUAGAUUACCUGAUUCGCUUCUCGGACUACAGAAGGAAGCCUACACUCCUUCAGGCAGUCCAGAAAAUUCCCCUGAAGAGGUCAUCUGGCAGCAGGAACCUUGGGGAUGCCAUGAGGUUUGUGGCCAGACAUGUAUUCAAACGCGUGCGCUCUGGCCUCCUCACGAGGAAAGUGGCUGUGUUCUUCCAGGGGGGCUGGACCCACGAUGCCGAUUCCAUCAGCACAGCCGCCAUGGAGCUCAGUGCGUUGAACAUUGUCCCUGCUGUCAUCAGCUUCACAGAGGAGCACAACCUCCCAGACACGUUCAUGAUGGAUAGAACCAACGCACUUCACCUAUUCAUCUGGGAGACUGAGAGCCAGCAGGAUGUGGGGCACGUGGCCCGCUGCGUUCUCUGCUAUGACCAGUGCCGACCAGCCCGGGAGUGCAGGUCGGGCGCGCCUGGACCCCUGGCGAUGGACAUGGACGUGGCAUUCGUGGUGGAUAGUUCCCGCAGCGUCAGGGCCGAAGUGUACCGUGCCGCAUUGCAUCUAGUGGAUGCCACGCUCAACAACCUGGAGGUGGCUGCGCAGCCGAAUGCAUCCUCCCAUGGGGUGCGCGUGGCUCUGGUGACACACACGACUCCAGGCUUCUGGCCAGGAACGGGACGCCCACCUGUACUUGAGGGUUUUCUCCUGACCUCCUAUGGUCACCGGGCGCAGAUGCAGAGGCGCAUCCGUGAGGCCGUAGACCACCCCCUGCAGGGAGCCCCGGCCCUGGGUCAUGCCCUUGAGUGGACACUAGAGAAGGUGCUCUUGGCAGCCCCUCUGCCCAGGAGGGCACAGGUUCUUUUCAUCAUUGUGGCCAGUGAGACCAGCAGCUGGGACCGGGAGAAGCUCAGGACUCUGUCCCUGGAGGCCAAGUGCAAGGGGAUCACCCUAUUUGUGCUGGCCUUGGGCCCGGACGUGGGAGCCCGUGAGCUGGCUGAGCUGGCUCACGUGGCCAGCACCCCCUCUGAGCAGCACCUACUGCGCCUGGCGGGGAUCUCAGACCCAGAUAUGGACUACGCCCAGGGCUUCACAAGGGCCUUCCUGAACCUCCUAAAAAGUGGAACAAAUCAGUACCCACCCCCAGAGCUCACUGAAGAAUGUGGGGGCCCCAGCCGCGGGGACACUCAGCUGCAGUCACAAAGGUUUAUCAAGAGGUUGCCCAGGCGCUGGCAUGGCAUAUCUGGCUUUACUGACGAUUUGAAAGCACUUGAAGCAACAGACGGUUUUCUAGAGAACAGAACAGCCAUGAUCACAUCUAGAACUCAGAAAGGAGCACUUAAAAAUUAUGAAAAUAAUGGAUAUGUCACUGAAGAAAAUGAAAAAGAAUCUGCAAAACAAAGGGAAAACGGAAAAGAAAUAGGUCCUUGUUUUAUGGAUCCAAUGGAAGGCGAGUCCCAGGAUUACAUCCUGAAAUGCUACUAUAACAAGGAGGAGCGGGCUUGUCAACAGUUCUGGUUAGGCAGCUGUGGGGGCAAUGCCAACCGGUUCGAAACCAACGAAGAAUGUGAGGUUUUAUGUGUCCCCAAACCUCUGUAG